AGCUCUGACUGCUCAAUACAAACUUACACAGAUACAGGAAAACGUCCAGACACUCACAGUAUAAAGCCUGUUUUGAUGUACAGAAACAUUUGCAGAAAAAAAACUAUAGUGGAUGUACGUCUUAGCUUAAAGCCAGAAUGAUUAUUACACGUUUUCAGUUGCUGUCAAUCACAUGCUAAAAGGAUCCCAGGAAUCAGUGUUACAAGGAACCCAGGCACAUCACUUUACUAUUGUUGAAGCAUAAACACCAUCAAACCAGCGUGAGCUUCAGAUGUUCUCUCUAUGGCACUGAAACCUAAAGGUUGAACCUAAACCUGCUAAUUGGCUCAUCUGCGUUCAAGGGGAGGGACUAACCAUUAGGAUGCUCUUGGGUUCAGGGUUGACUCUUCUCUUGUGCUCGAUCGUUGCACAUGUCAGUUGCCAGUCCUGCGGGUGCAAGUCUUUACCGUCCCGAGGUCUGAGGGUGGACUGCAGCUCGCAGGGCCUGAGAAGCAUCCCUCAUCUUCCUGCAGAAACCACUGAACUCCUGCUGCAGAAUAACCUCCUGACCACUGUAACCCCAGGGCAUUUAGACCGGCUCCACCACCUGCAGCGGGUCAAUUUAUCCGGGAACCCCCUCCACUGCGACUGCAGCAUCCAGUACUUAAGACAAUGGCUACAGAGGAAUAAAGCUGUCUCUGUGAUGCCGGUGUGUGCCAGUCCUACUGAACUGGCCCAGAGGUCCAUCCAUGAGCUCACUGAUGCUGAUGUCACAUCCUGUGUCUCUGAUCACUGCUUUGAGUGGGUUUAUAAUGUCAUCUUAUGCGUCAUGCUUUGCUUUCUCAUUGGUCUGCUUCUGUGGUGCCUGCAGCUAGCAAGAAACUCUACGUUUAUUCUGGGAAUUGAUGAGAGACACCGGGGAUUUGAGGCAGAAUCUCUUCGAUCGCUCAAACCCAAACACCGAGUGAGGAUGAGGUGCAGUAUCGGGUCACUGAGCACAGGAGCCGGUGACAUGGACAAGCCUUUACUCAACAUGGACAUCCUCCCUCAGAUACUGGACGUCCUGCACAAACAACACAACAUUAAGAUUAAAGUACCGUGAAGAACUGAACUUUGCACUGAUGCCUUCUAGCAUAUAU